AUGAACAACCCACCAAACGCUUCACACACCCCCAACAGCGCAGGCACGUUGAACAACAACGAAGCGCCACGAUUGCCCAGGCAUAUCGAGGGCCAAUGUGUACACAAGUGGCCUAGUCCAAAUGAUCCGACUCAAACAGUGUUCUAUCAUCAAGCCAGUCGGUGUGAAUGGUCUCUGCUACCGGGAAUGCCGCCAACACCUCCUAAUUUAUCGAACCCGAUGGGCCCUGGAACUAUGACCUUGGGGAUGAUUAGCCCGUCUCCACAACCAAGAAGCAACGGACUUCCGAUGAAUCAUGGUCUUAGGCGUGAAGAUUCAAUGGAUUCAUUGCAGUUCAAUCCGACUUGUAGUAUGAUUGGAGAUUCGACUAAUCAAUCCCGUCCAAGCGCUAAUACCAAUAUCACUCCGAUGAAUCCCAAUCGUCACAUCUUGAAUCCGAACUUCAGUCCAAUCAAUCAAUCGGAUGCGAUAUUGAAUCCUGGUCUUAGACCAAACAGCCAACCUCAUCAGGCCCUCAAUUCCGGCGUCAGUCGUGGUAAUUCCUUUACAAAUCCUUUACCCAGCUUGGAUUCACCACAGCUGGUCCAAACGCCUCCAAAUCGCUUUCAGCAAGUCAGAAGAACCCCUCUGGAUGAUACAUCUCUUGCUUCUUGGGGUUCACAAACCCAUGUUUCCGAAACCUCCAACAACUCGAGCUUUGGAUUAUCUCGAAACCAUUUGAACAUUCACCAAUCUCAAACGUCCGAAAUUGUUUUACCCAGUCGCGAGAGCUCUUUAGCUCUGUCUUCAGACAACGAGUCCGAUCAAAUGGAUCCUGCACCUGCGGAAUCCGAAGACGCACCCGGGGGUAACAUGCCUUGGGAGCCUCUCACUGAUGGUGCUAACGAUGAACCUUUGGAGCGUGAGAUGUGGCUUAAAUAUGUGGUACAUUCAAAACAAGGGGUGGAUCCGACUAAAGGACCUAAUGUAGCUAAAAACCAAGCUCCAAAAAUGUUUACUCACACUUUCAAAGCGCGCAAGUUUCCAAUCGAUAUCAACAAUGAAUCCUUCUCAGACUUGCAGUCCACUCUAUUUGAGUACUCAGACCAGAUGGGUAAAAACGCUGCCGGCAUCUUCAAAGCGGCCGACUCAACCAACUCGGUUAUCUACUUGGCCUACAUUCAUAGUCACGCUGUGUACAGUAAAGGCCACGAGGCGGAACUCAAAUCAGAUGAAGAUGUGAAGAACUUUUUCCGUGCGCUUGCGACUCAUCCGACACGCACCUCGGGAAUCGAUGUAAUGAUGGUGGAUCCCAACAAGAAGAAGUUGGAGGCUGAAAAGAGUCUAUCCAUUGGCCAACAUCAAUUACUUGCAAAGAAUAUCAACAACAAUGUCAACACCUCGUUAUCCGAUCUAGCUCAUACCACGCCUGAGGACCCGGCCGACAAGGCCCUGGCAGCCCUAAUGUUAAAGUAUAGCACCGCCAACAAUAACAAUGCUGAGGGAUGGCGGGUUUAUAAACAUGACGAUGUGACGAAAGUCAUGCCCAUGAAUUUCCAACUCUUACGAAUAUGGGCAGAAGAAAUGGUUAAGGAUCCAGCGGUAACUGUCGACAUCCCGCCAGCCAUUGAGGGUUUUGAAUGGAGUGACCUCAAAAAACCGGUGGCCUUACAGACACCUCUCACUAGCGUUGAACCUGUUGAACCUGUGAUCGAUGGCAUCAAUGACUUCUCACCAAUCAGACCCGGAACCAUCUCCAAAGCCCAAGGCUAUGACAUCGUAGUGGAUCCAUACAAACUCAAGCGCAUCAGGACCCAUGCCACAAUGGAUGACUACAUGGCCUUUGCGGGAGUACGAGUUGGCAAGGUUAACGAAGCAGUUCAAUUACUGUUAGACAACGACAUAGAGCGUUUCAAUGCGUUUUUGUAUCCCGAAGAGACCGGCUUGAAAGACAUCAUGGAUAUGGGAAUCAAACGUGGUACAGCAAUGAGACUUAUGAAUUCGGCCCGUCGCUUUUAUCAACACCUCAUCGAAGACGAGAUCAAUAACCCCAGAGAACCUUUCAAUUCAAGCAUGUGCUUUUAA